AUGACAUGGGCAUUACCAGCCAACCUGGCCACCGACAUGGAACAGAAGCCACGACGGCACAUGCCAACGGAUGGCCACACGCGCAAGCAACCUACAGCUCUGACUUUGACGACGAGCAACACAGGGGAAAUAUGCAGGAUUUGCGCCGAUCGUGCUGAAAAGAGCACCCGGGAAGAACCGACUACCGAAGACCAUGCCGCGACCCAACAUCCUCUCGAUGCCAUCAUCGUUGCCAAACAGAAACCAACGCCUCGCCUCAGCAAACCACGCGGCCAAGAUGCCGCCAUCGACGGCGAAGAUGCCAUCAUCCUCCAUUCUCCCAGUCGUAGCCGGCUCCGAGAAGAUGCCCCCAAGGAGGAGAAAGACGCGAAGACGCCUCCAUCGCCCGAUCCAACGGAUCUGAGGUUUCCCUUCGAUGCCCAAGCCGUGGGGAGAAAGAGCAACUCCACGGCGACGCUUCCAAGAAAGAUCAUGACACCCGUGGGCAUCGCCGUCGCCGGCUCCGGUGAAGACCGGAGCAAGGAUUUCUCCCGGAGAUGUGCCGACCACCUGCCACCACCGACCGCCGCCCACUGA